GUCUAAAGCUGCACACAGCAAGAGAAACAAAAGCGACUCCGGAACACCGAGGUUGUGUGAGAAACGAAAGCCAGGAAAACGAAAGGAGACAAGAGUCAUCAUGAACACUCUGAACCAACAGUAUGAGGAGAAGGUGCGUCCCUGCAUCGACCUCAUUGACUCUCUUCGCUCUCUGGGUGUAGAGAAGGACUUGGCGCUGCCAGCUAUCGCCGUGAUUGGAGAUCAAAGCUCGGGGAAGAGCUCCGUGUUGGAGGCGCUGUCAGGGGUGGCUCUGCCAAGAGGAAGUGGCAUUGUGACAAGAUGUCCUCUCGAACUGAAGAUGAAGAGAAAGAAAGAAGGAGAGGAGUGGUACGGAAAGAUAAGCUACAAGGACUGUGAGGAAGAGAUAGAAGACCCUGCAGAUGUGGAGAAAAAGAUUCGAGAAGCUCAGGAUGAAAUGGCCGGGGCCGGGGCGGGGAUCAGUGAUGACCUCAUCAGUCUGGAGAUCGCCUCUCCUGAUGUUCCAGACCUGACGCUCAUUGACCUGCCCGGCAUCGCCAGGGUGGCUGUAAAGGGACAACCAGAGAACAUUGGAGAGCAGAUAAAGAGACUGAUCCAGAAGUUCAUCAAAAGACAAGAAACCAUCAGCUUGGUGGUUGUUCCAUGCAACGUGGACAUAGCAACCACAGAGGCUUUGAAGAUGGCAAAGGAGGUGGAUCCUGAUGGGGAGAGGACUCUGGGUAUCUUGACCAAGCCUGACCUGGUGGACAAAGGCACAGAAGAGACAGUAGUUGCAACUGUCCAUAAUGAGGUCAUCCCCCUGAAGAAGGGCUACAUGAUCGUCCGGUGCAGGGGUCAGAAGGAUAUCACAGACAAGCUGUCCCUGACUGAAGCAAUAGAAAGAGAGAAAGCCUUCUUUAAAAACCAUGUGCAAUUCCAGAUCCUCUACGAUGAAGGCUGUGCCACUGUUCCUAAACUGGCAGAAAAGCUCACCCUUGAGCUGGUGCAUCAUAUCCAGAGAUCGCUGCCUCAACUGGAAGAGCAGAUAGAAAAGAAACUAACAAAGACUCAGGCACAGCUCAAAAAAUAUGGCAACGGACCCCCACCUGACGCAACUGAGAGACUCGGUUUCCUCAUUGAUAGAGUGACAGCAUUUACACAUGAUGCUAUCAGCCUCGCCGCAGGAGAGGAACUCAAAUUUGGAGGCAGCCCUAAUAUAUUUGCCAUACUCAGAAAAGAGUUUGCAGUAUGGAAAGAUGUCAUAGAGCGCUCUGGAACAACAUUCAACUGGAAUAUUGAGAGAGAGGUGGUUCAGUAUGAACGAAAGUACCGUGGAAGAGAGCUGCCGGGGUUCAUCAACUACAAGACCUUUGAGGGCAUGGUCAAGGAGCAGAUUAAACAGCUGGAAGGGCCUGCUGUCCUGAAACUCAAGGAAGUGGCAGAAAUUGUGAAGAAAGAGUUGUUUGAGUUGGCACAGAGCAGCCUUGUUGGACUUCCUUACCUCAUCAAAACAGCUCAGAUGAAGAUUGAAGCCAUCAGAAAGGAGAGGGAGACUGCAGCAGAGUCCAUGCUGAGGACUCAGUUUAAGAUGGAGUUGAUUGUUUACACUCAGGACAGCACAUACAGCAAGAAGUUGGGGAAGCGGAAGAGGGAAGAUGAACAGCUGUCUGUGACUGUCUUCAAUGGUGUAACAGUGAAGCCGAGCACCAGCAGCACUGACAGUGGGGCCACCCUGAAGGAGAUGAUUAAACACCUGAAAUCCUAUUACCAAAUUGCUGGCCAGCGUCUGGCUGACCAGAUCCCCCUGGUGAUCCGCUACCAGAUGUUGCAGGAGUCUGCCAUCCAGCUGCAGAGGGAGAUGCUGCAGAUGCUUCAGGACAAGGAGAAAACCGAGACCCUGCUUCAAGAGGACUCUGGCAUAAAAGCCAAGAGAAUCCACCUUCAGAAUCGCCUCAAGCGCCUGUCAAAGGCACGCAUGCUGUUGACCGACUUCAGUAUGAACAUAUACAACUUCAACACAACUCAUUGCAGUCCUUGAAACCAGAUUACUAAUAGAAGAAGUUGCUGAAUUAUCGCAUUCUU